AUGAAGAGAAGAAGCACGAGAAGCUCCUCCACACUGUCGAGACCGCCGGCGAAUGGAGAUGGACGGAAAACGGAUAAGAAGAAGGCGAAAUUCGAGAAAAAGUUGUUCAAGUACGAGGAAUUGCCAGAGUAUUUGAAGGAUAACGAGUUCAUCAGAGACUAUUAUAGAUGUGAAUGGCCUCUGAAACAUAUUUUUCUUAGCCUUUUCUCUUUGCACAAUGAAACUCUUAAUGUUUGGACGCAUUUGUUAGGUUUUAUUAUAUUUAUUGGAUUGACGGUGAUGAGCUUGACGGAGAAGAUGACUCUGGAGAACGUGAUGGCGAGUUUCCUUGGAGAGGGAAGUGAUGCUUGGUUAAACGUGAAGAUGACGAAUCAAUCCAACGGUUCAGAUUCAUUAUUUUCGAAAUCUUACAUAGCAAAUAUCCCCAAGGUGUCAAUCUUACAUGCAAAUGCAGAUUCCGAUUCUCUUCCUACAUGGCCUUGGUUUGUUUUCUUAGGAGGAGCAAUGAGUUGUUUGAUCUUUAGCUCAAUCUCCCAUCUCUUCGCCUGCCACUCCCAAAGUUUCUACUUGUUCUUCUGGCGCCUCGACUAUGCUGGCAUCUCCCUCAUGAUCGUCUGCUCAUUCUUCACACCAAUAUACUAUACGUUCUCAGAUCACCUGCAUUGGCGCCUCAUAUACCUUACGUCAAUCACAUUUGUAGGAAUUCUUGUUGUUAUCACCCUCCUUGCACCAGCACUCUCCGGUGGUCGUUUCCGGGGUUUCAGGGCAGCCCUCUUCCUCUCCAUGGGGUUCUCUGGUGUAAUUCCUGCUGCUCAUUCAGUAAUCCUUCACUGGGAUCACCCACAAAUACUCGUCGCACUCGGGUAUGAGAUAGCUAUGGGACUUCUAUACGCCAUUGGAGCUGUGUUUUAUGUUACUAGGAUCCCAGAGAGAUGGAAACCUGGUACAUUCGAUAUUUUAGGACACAGCCAUCAGAUUUUUCACGUUUUAGUUGUUGCAGCAGCGCUUGCACAUUGUGCUGCCACCAUCGUUAUCAUUGAAUGGCGCCAAAACUUGACGGUCUAA